CUUUCGAACUGGCAGCUGGCAGUAAAUUGUCAAAAAUUGCUAAUUUUGCUUUGUUUUGAAUACAUACGUGCACUUAUUCAAGAUUAAUUUUCUAUUAUUAAAUCGUAAUUAUUGUGUUAAUUAAUAAUAUACUAGAUAAGUAAAUUUUUCAAGAUCUCAGAAUUUUUGGAGGGCAAGACUCCUAGACAAAUAAAUCAGGAAAUGUGUUAGAUUGAAUUACUUGUAAAUUAUAAAAUCUCACAAUGGGAAAUCAGCUUGUGGGGGUUGCACCGUCGCAAAUAUAUCCUGUAGAACAUUAUCUGAGUGACCAUGUGGACCUAGCGUUCGAUCAGAGCCUCGGUUCUACCCGAUUCUUGAAGGUUGCUCGUGCGAGAUCCCGUGAAGGACUUGUGGUUGUAAAGGUGUUUGCGGUACAUGAUCCUUCGCUACCAUUAGCGGAGCAUAAGGAGCGGAUCCUGAAGAUAAAAGAGCAACUAGCUUCUGCAUUCAACUGUCUGCCGUAUCAAAGAGUUAUUCUAACAGACAAGGCAGGUCUGUUAAUGCGUGAGUACUGCAAGUUCAGCGUAUACGACCGCAUGUCCACACGCCCAUUCCUGACCACCUUGGAGAAGAAAUGGAUCACCUUCCAAGUGCUUUACGCUUUACAUCGCAUGCACAAACUCGGAAUAUGUCAUGGGGAUAUCAAACUAGAAAAUGUAAUGGUGACAUCCUGGCUAUGGGUACUGCUGACAGACAUAGCAUCGUUCAAACCGACCUUCCUGCCUGAUGAUAAUCCUGCAGACUUCAGCUACUUCUUCGACACAUCACGCAGGAGGCUCUGCUACGUCGCGCCUGAGAGAUUCGUGAGGGCACCCGACCCACAUAAUAGACCUGGGGGUGACGACAAAAUGGGUGGGUUGUUGCUGAGCGAAUCACCCUGUAAAGUUGGUGAACUGGUACCGAGUAUGGACAUAUUCUCGGCUGGUUGUGCCCUCCUUGAGUUAUGGAACGAUGGAACCCCAGCACUGGACCUGCCAGGUCUCCUCGCGUACCGUAACGGUGAGGACAGACCUUCCACCAUGACCCUCAGCACUGAUGAUGAAGACCUGAAGAAUCUACUGCACUCCAUGACUGAAAGAAACCCCAGGGAUAGGAAGUCUGCUGAGCUGUAUCUUGAUGAAGCUAGAGGGAAAUUAUUCCCUGAGUACUUUUACUCGUUCCUCCAAUCGUACAUGCUGAUAUUCUCCGGCCAGCCAAUUCUACCAGCAGACGAGAAAAUACUCCGCAUCCACCAAGACAUUAAGAACAUAAUAAAAAUAUUCACUCAACCUUCAGACGCCAAGAACUAUAAAGAUCUAGUCGAAGAGACCACAGAACACCAAUCAGUGGACAAUAUUGACAAAUUAAAAGACAAUUUUAAAGUAUUAAAUGUAAAUACUACAGAUUUUGACGAUGACGACGAUAAGGCGCCUGAGAUUAAAGAUUUGAGCCCUGACAGUGAAGGGUUGAUCUUGAUUACGUCACUGGUGACGUCAUGUAUUAGAGGCUUGCAUCAUUGUACCUCGAAAUUGUAUAGUUUGGAGAUUUUGCAGUUGCUGUGUGAGAACUCUAGUUCAGAAACUAUAUUGGACAGGAUUUUGCCGUAUAUCAUCCAGUUGUCCCACGACAGUAUGUCCCGCGUGCGCGCGCGCGCCGUGUAUACCUGCGCGCGCGCCGUGGCGGCCGUGCGCGGGCUGCCGCACGCGGACUGCAACGUGUUCCCGGAGUACAUACUGCCCGAGCUGGCGCCCAGGGCCACCGACCCCAGUGUGCCUGUCAGGAUCGCUUAUGCUAAUAAUAUUGCGAGAUUGGCAGAAACAGCGGUUCGAUUUCUAGAUCAGACACAGAAUAUGGUGGAUAAAGAGGCAGCUAACAUUAAUUAUGAGACUGAAUUAUCUGCACUGCAUGAAAUGGUCCGGUCAACAGUAUCGUAUCUCCUGACAGACUCCCAAGCGGUCGUGAAGCGAGCGCUGGUAGAGAACGGUAUCACGAAGCUGUGCAUCUUCUUUGGGAAACAGAAAGCAAACGACGUGAUCCUCUCCCAUAUGGUUACAUUCCUAAACGACAAGGAGGAGGCGGCACUGCGCGGGUGCUUCUUCGAGAGAGUUGUAGGAGUCGCCGCAUAUGUCGGACACCAUGCCGCGCCCAUACUCGUGCCGCUAUUGCAACAGGGCCUGACGGACCAGUCGGAGUGGAUAAUCUCGAAGGCAGUCCGCGCCACGACCAGCCUGUCGGAGCUGGGCCUGCUGAACAAACAGACGCUGUGUGACCUCGUCGCGGAGAGCGCCGUGUUCCUGGCACACCCUAACUUGUGGAUCCGGCAAGAAGUAUGUGGGCUAGUGUCGUGUGUGGCGAGUCUAAUGAACCCGAUCGACGUGCACUGCAAGAUACUGCCACUCGUCUGGCCACAUCUCAAACACAAACUUAUACAGGUGGAGAGGCCGGAACUCUUGUUGGAGAGUCUAUCGGAGCCGAUCCCACGCAAGGUGCUGGACGCAGUACUGCGGCACGGAGACGUGGACCGACUCGUACAGACUCUACGCGAGAGGAGAAAUACUCGGCUCAAGGUGAAACAAGGCACAGUGCCUCAAUACUCAGAGAUGGGUCAGCAGCUCAGGAACUUGUUCCGUAGACUCGCGUCAGAUGGUAUGACAGAACAUGUCGAGAAUCAACUGCUGGCGAUGAGCACUCAUUUGAUCAAGAUACAAGGCUCGUCUACACAGCAUAUAACCGAAGCGCCGGGUCGGCUAGUGCUGCCAGUGUCGGGUAUAUCUCGCGCCGUGCAGCUGGACACGGGGGCCGCGGACGCGAUGCCACACGUCGACAAAAUGUACGCCUCCACACAGAACCGUCGCACGCACAAAACGUCCGGGUCGCAGGAGUCUCACAUGAACACUGAGUGGCAACAUAUGUUCGGACACUCACACGAACAUCCUAAAGUGUCAGAGAGCGUGUCCCAGUCGGUGGGCGCGAGUGCCGCGGCCGCGAUGUCGCAGGCCCCGCCGCCGCAUCACUCACAGCUCGCGCAUAGUGCUAGCUAUGUACAAUACAGCAUGGCUCCGUGUCGUAUUGAGCUAAGAGAUCUUACAGCGCGCAUGCAGCAGAAGUAUCAGAAGACUUUAAGGAGCCCGGAGGACCCGGUGGAGUGCAAUGACGAGACGGUGCCCCCGUCCGGCUGGCGGCCCGGGAAUCAACUACUGGCCUACCUACAUGAACACAAAGCCCGAGUGAACCAGUUGGUAUGUCUACCGGCGUCUCGUUCAGUGUUCGCGUCGUGCUCCGACGACGGCACCGUCAGGUUAUGGGACGCCGCCAGGCUACAUACUCAAGCGCAUAUUAACAGAUCGAAGUCGAUGUACAAUAGAAACGCAGGUCCCGUGGUGUCUCUGGCCGCGUGCGAGGCUGGCCAGUCACUGGUCGCCGCCACGCAGGAGUCUGUCUUCGUACUACGAGUGGACGGCUCGUCGUCCCGCAUGAACCUGUCGCAAGGUCGUCAGCUGGAGGGCGACGGCGACGACGCGCUGUGUGUGGCUGCGCCCGCGCAUGGCAACGUCAUCGCAUACGCCACGCUGUUCGCCAAUAUCGUCGGGUGGGACCUACGGGCGCCUGGUAACGCGUGGAAGUUACAAGGCGACUUAAAGCAGGGAGUGACGACAUGUCUGUACGCGGACCCGACUGGGUACCUGGCAGUGGGCACGUCUAGUGGCGCCAUCUGUGUUUGGGAUCUGCGGUUCCAUUUACCGAUCACUUCUGUUAGACAUCCUAAUUCGGAGCGCGUGCGGCGCAUAGUGGGCGGCGGCGCGGCGGGCAGCGUGUGGGCGGCGGGCCACAGCGACGCGGCCGCCUGGAGCCUGGAGUCCACGCAGCGCACGCACGCGCUCUGGACCUGCACCAACAGUCUGCAACCGCUGCACUACACGCCCGUCUCUGAUGGCUCUUUGAGGGGCGCGCGGAACUCGGCGCGCCGUACGCUCGGGUCUGGUUCUAGUCGGACGGGGAGCUACCCAUGUUCGCCGUCCGCAGGCCCGCGCUUACGAUGGCCGGAGAACGCCUCUCAGUAUAUAAGCGCUAUAUACUGCGGCACUCGCGAAGGCAACCGCUUCGUGGUGACAGGCGGCUCCGACCAAAGACUCCGCUACUGGGACCUGGAGCACCCUGAGGACUCUUAUAUACUGCUACAUGCGCAUAAUGACUCGUUGAAGAAUUCGCCUGGAGCACUUAAAUACAGGAGCCGAAUAAUAGAUGGCACCACAGUGAUACAAGAAUGUUGCAAGCUCAACCCUUCGACUCCAGCAUCAAUGCCAGACGACAACAUAUAUAGAAGCGUGGAAUCUAGGUCGUUCUACCAUACAGCUCCAAUCACAGACCUUACCGUCGUCGAAGGAACCAAACCGUAUCUAGUCAGUGCUUCGGCCGACGGCGUUAUCAAUGUGUCCAUGGGCGACGCCGAUUGCUUACCAUCAGUUGAUCCGUCAGCUCGUUUACCGGCUUAUCCAAACAAUACCGCGUUCGGAGCUCUGAUUGGCCUAUUCCAAUAA